AUGGCUUCCAAGCUACCAAACACACUACUGGUCAACGUUGGGGAAUCCUGGAGACCAUUCCUGGAGGCGGAGUUCAGUAAACCUUAUUUUGCACAGCUCACCCAGUUUGUGUGUGCUGAGAGAAAGAACUUCAACGUUUACCCAUCUGAGGAAAAUGUGUUUUCAUGGACACGGGCCUGCAGUUUUGAACAGGUUGAAUAUAUAGAGGGCCUGGCAUUCAGUGUUCCGACGAAUGUGACUCCUCCCCCUCCCCCGAGCUUGGUGAACAUAUUCAAUGAGCUGGAGCAAGAUAUUCCGAGUUUUCGACGACCUGCCCACGGCUACCUUCAGGGUUGGGCAGAACAAGGUGUGUUGAUGCUGAAUUCGGUGUUGACAGUGCGAGAGGGUGUCGAAGCAUCUCACACAGGCAAGGGCUGGGAGCAGUUCACAGACGCCGUAAUCGCGUACCUUAACAACAACAAGAACGGGCUUGUCUUUGUCAUGUGGGGGCUGUAUGCUCAGAAGAAGGCUGCUCGUAUUGAUAAGGUAGUGAGUCACCGUAUCCUGACGAGCUCCCUUCCCUCCCCGAACUCUGCCCAUUUGGGAUUUUCCGGGUGUCGGCAUUUUUCUCAGAUUAAUGCUUAUCUGCAGAAGAAUGGGAUAGACCCGAUAAACUGGUCAUACCUGCCCCCUUUUCAACCUCGUCUGGUAGAUCACAAAAUUUUGGUGUAAUCCUAACCCACAAUGACUGCUUAAUAUUUCCAGAAGGCAGGUUUAUUAUAAAGUUUUACAAAUUGGAAUAAGGUGCGUAUUCUCCAAAAGGUUAUCCGCAUUAUGUUUUUAUAUAAAGAAAUGUAUUUACUUAUGACCUAUGUUCUUCUGUUUUUACAUCUGUUGGCCAUGACUAUUGACUAGACUUUACUACAGAGUGUUGUAUAUGCUUUAUUGUUAUGAAUGUUGUAACAUUGAAUGCCGAAUAAACAAUUUGUUAUGUUAUAUUAGGGAUUGAAAUCGAUCUAAAAUCAUAAUUGCUCAAAGGAAAUAAUCAAUCAAGCUUUUUCGAUUAACCUCAGAUUAAGUUAUCAAAUCAAAAAGCUCACAAAAAUGUUUAGAAUAAGUGUGCUAGCUAAACAAUAAAUGUACAGGGAUGUUAACUUCUUGCUAUACUGGAGUACUGUUUCAAUAAUCUUAUUUAGUGUAUAAGUUGAAUUGAAAAUUAUUUAUACUGUUAAUCAACAAUAUUUAUGGCGAGAUAAGCCAUAUAGGGAUGAUCAUGAUUGAGAUUAUGCAAUCAAUUAUCAACAACAUGUAUCAUAACAAUCAAUUUUCAAUAAUACACACUUUCAUUUCAGGCUGAUGUUCUUUGUAAAUGAUUUUGACAUUGUUGAACAUUUUAGAAUUUUGUUUUGUUUGUAUUAUAUUUUAAUCUUUUUAUCGUUCCUAACACUUACAUUGUACAAAAGACUCUAACAGAAUAUAUUAGUUUCUUAUGUUCUUGUCAAUUUAGAAGCGAUGAUUUUUCUUGCAAACUAUUUAAUCUGGACACUUUUGAAUUGCAAAAUAAGCACUGUAAGUUUAACAUUUGGGGAAACAAAUUGAAAUCAUGACAAAUAACAUUAAAUGACAAAACAUCAGGCCAUCUAAUCAAUGUGUGUACGAUAAAAGAUCAUAAGAUCAUGAAAUUCUGUUGAAUACUUAAAGUUGCACUCUUACUCCAAAAUAAAAUUUACCACAAUUAAUAGAAAGGUUUUGAUGUACCAAAGAGGACGGUAAAUGUAAAAAAACAAUGGUUUUAAUGAAGGACACCGAUUUUAAUUUGAAAAAUAGGUCCAAAAAACAUGGUAUUUCUACCUUAUUAGACUAACAGACUAUAGUAGAUAACAGUAAAUCUAUUAGCAUUCACCAAUCAUUUAAUAUUUUUGCGUUUUCAGCUGAUAUAUACACCAUUACAAUCUUGUUGAUAUUUCCAUAAAUUCAUGAUUUAGUAAGUAGUGAAAGGUUUAUCACUCAAAAUCUAUGUUUAUAAUAGGGUAGGCCAUGAUACAGAGUGGUAUUAUACAUGUGUAUGUAUUGAUUUUGAAUAAGAGUGUUACUUUAAAUAUGGGCAGAAAUUGAUUUAAGAUAUGAAAUUAAACUCAAUUUAUAAAUAAACCAGUCGUAACAUUUUCAGCCUUACCUUUUCGUAAAAAAAUCUCAUUAUGACCUGGAAAAAACAGUAACAAAAUCGACUGAAGAUGGCACCUUUUUCUUUCAUGCUUUACAAUGAAAUAUGGGGGUUAAACAGUGAAAUAACAACAGUGAAAAUAUCACUGCAAAAUAAGGAGUGAAAAUAUCGACUUUCAGAACAACUUUUAAAUUCCUCUGUAGUAACCUGCCUUGAUUAAAACAGAACACUGGACUUUGAACCAGAAAAUUUUGUCAAAAAAUGUUUAAGAAAUGUUUUUUAAAUUUAAAUAAAUAUAUAUUUGGAAAUAAACAACUUAUCGUUUAUUACCGGUUAUCCCGUUUUUUAAACAUUUUCCUGAUAUUUGAAGCUGAAUGUUCGAACAUUUGCUUUCAUACCAAACAAAUUACAGACAAAAACAACUGUUCGAACAUACAUAGAAUUUUAUAUCAUCGUUCAAAUGUAUUUUGAACUGUUUGUAGUACGUAAAAUUAGUUUCCUGGAAAAUUCACACAACAAUUUACAGAUAAUCCGAUAUUUUUUACCCCACCCACACCUCAAAAUUUGUUAACAAACUAGCGUGGCAUUCACUCUUUAUCUGGAAAACAAACAUGUUUUCAAGCAAAACAGACUGGUCUCUGUAAGUAAGAUGACUGAAUAUUAAUUUGCUAUGAAACACAUGCAGUCUUUAACUAAAAGAAUGUUUAAAAUUCAAUGAGUAUCCGCAUUUGUUUUGCACAUUUGACCAUCCAAACUUUCAUUCAUUAAAUAGCGGCUAGUAAUUUCGUUAUGUAUUCAUGCCCAACUUAAAAUAAAAGUGUUUACAUUAUUUAUUGGAACAUAUGUGCACUUAUAAAACUUCAUUGUUUACUGUUGAUAAAAGCUUUGCACUAAAAAAUGAGCGAAUAAUAAGCUAUAAGAAUGGAUAGCAGAGAACUAUUUCACAGCAAACCGAAAAUAGAAAAGUUGACAGCUUUAGUUUUGCAUGAGGGGCGCCCUUUUCAAAAAAGGGGGUUAUUCAGAAUUAAAUUAAAAAAAACUAAUAAAACUCCGAAAAUAAGCAUAAAAGAAACAGAAAAUUUGUUUAUUUCAGUGUAAGAUCGUAUUUCAUUCCACUUGUGAUCAUAUAAAACACUACAUUUUCACUCUUGGCUUUGCCUCUGGUGAAAAUAUGUUGUUGUUUUUUCUAAAAUACGAUCUAACACUAAAAAACAAAUAUCCUCUAUAUCCUUUACUUCGUUAGUUGAUAUUUUUUAUAUACAAUUUCAAGUAUAUACUAAACUAUUACAAUAGAAUAUCAAGCAGCUACAUUGAGCAUUUGUACUGUUUAUUUUUCGUUUUUGCAGAACAAAAUUUAACCCAUUUGAAGGGAAAUAUGAUAUUAUGAAUUUGGUGGAAGGGGGAAAUGUUGGCCUUUUUCUUGUACAUGUAUGUAUUUAGGCAAGUACUCAUCAGGAAAAAAAUCCCGUAAAUCAGUAGUUCAUGACUGUUGAAAAUAAAUAGUUGUUAUAGAUUUGUUUAUAGUGAAUGGACGAAGAAAAUAGUUGUUGCGUGGUUUUUAAAUGCAUAUUAUGUUAUAUUGAAUACCUUUUGA